AUGCUGCUGGGAGGAAUCCUCUACUCGUGGCAGUUCCCUCACUUCAACGCGCUGAGCUGGGGGCUGCGGGAGGACUACUCGCGCGGCGGCUACUGCAUGAUGUCCGUGACGCACCCGGCGCUGUGCCGCCGCGUGGCCCUGCGCCACUGCCUCGCCUUGCUCGGACUCUCCGCGGCGGCUCCGGUGCUCCACGUCACCACGUGGACUUUCCCCGUCGUUUCACUCCCCAUCAACCUGUACAUCUCCUACCUCGGCUUCCGCUUCUACAGGGACGCGGACCGCAGCAGCUCAAGGAGGCUUUUCUUCUGCAGUCUGUGGCAUUUGCCCUUGUUGCUGCUCGUCAUGUUCACGUGCAAGAAACCUCUCCUGGAGAAGGAAGAGAAAGGCGAUCUCCUCGGUGGAAAUCAUGGCAGGGCUGUGGAAGUUAGAUUGCCUUAAAUGUCAACUACUUGUCAUCAGCGUGACACAUCAGGUAGCAGUGUAUUCUAGUGAUUACGGGAGGGGGAGCCUGUGGUGAUCUGUU